GAGGACAGCUCGCGGCCGAAUCCCAACAUCAAUGGAUUUUCAGCUGCUUUAAGCUGUUAUCCUAUAGUUACGCAGCUUGCCAGCCACCUCGACCUCAAUACGCUACACAGUCUGAGUCGCGCAUGCAGACAGUUCCGCGUGAAUUUACUCGACUAUCGCCAACAACUCGUCAGACGCACGCUGCACUGCUGCAAUGAGGAUGGCUAUGGGAGCGCGUCCGGAGAGUCGCGUCGAUUGACCAGCGGUAAGGUGGGUCUGUGCGCAAGAGACAUGGUUGGAGAAUGCUCGCGUUGUGCGAGUGUUGUAUGUCGGAACUGCACCAUGAAGCCGCCACCGACUCCUGCUCUGCGCGCCCGCCACCGACGACUGUGUCAAACGUGCAACAAAGCACCCCUCUCUCUCAUCAUGGCCUGUCCGAAACCGCGUUCGUCAUCCUCUAGUUCGCCUUCGCUAUCGUCGUCCCCAAAUUCGCGCCUGAGUUAUUUCAAUUCAGAUAAAUCCCGAGCUUUCACUACCCCCGCCUUUGAACGGACACCGUGCAACUGCGACAGCGUUGUCUGGCUCUGCGCUCCAUGCGGUAAAGACCUGCGAAACGCUGACACCAUGUACGUCCGCGGUUGGAGCUGGCGCACAAUCUACCGUCACUGCCAUGGUGGCGUGGGCACAGGGGUUGGCGAAGGGAACGAGGGUGUAGAGUGCGGGCGAGGAAAUGCCUGUCUCGGCGCGCGCAUCGUCGAGCACGAGACGUGCGAGCAAGAUAUACUAGAUGCAAUAGACAUUAAACCGGAGUCACCAGAGCGUUGGAGGGGCUCGAGCUAUCUCGCCCAGGAGAUUGAGGGCAUUGGCGGUGUGCUCAAAGUCAAGCAUAAGAAACAGGUUCGCGUUGGUCAGUGCGUGAAGCUGUAUGAGGAUGAGAAGGAAAAGUCAAUACAGUACCUUAAGCGUGAGGUCAGUGGGCAGCUGAGAAGCUGGUGCUCCUGGUGUGAGAGGGUUGUGUUGGAUGAGAAGGACAAG